ACUACCACUGCCGUGCCGAUGGAGGAUAUAGUGAGCAGAAAGGCUGAGCCAUCUGCGAGUCUGGUAAAUCAGGAAUCCGUUGUUGCAACGAAUAUGUCCUUCUCACCAUCUGGAGAGGCGGCCCCAACAAAUACGGAGGUCAAUAUUUUUGUAGCAGCCCAGCGAGGAGAUGUGCAGCUUCUCAAAGAGCUCAUUGAGUCGGGAAAGGCGGCAGCAACGGACCGUGACGACCAGAACAUCACUCCGCUUCACUGGUCGGCAAUAAACGCUCAAGUACCAGCAUGCCGGUAUCUCCUCGAGCAAGGCGCGGAGGUCGAUGCGCUAGGUGGAGACCUAGUUGCUACCCCUCUGCAGUGGGCCGCCCGUAAUGGCUACCUCUACGUGAUCCAGUUGCUAGUAUCUCAUAAUGCUGACCCCACCAUUACCGAUUCGCAAGGCUACAACUCACUACAUCUCGUCACGCAUUCAUCGUCGGUCAUGCCACUUCUGUACUUGCUUCAUCAACCCAUCGGCGUGGACUCGCGUGAUUCACAGGGACACACCUCCCUCAUGUGGGCGGCGUAUCAAGGCGACGCGCUGUCCGUCGAUUUGUUGUUAAGACACGGUGCCAAUCCGAAUACGAAGGACGAUGCGGGAUUGACGCCACUGCAUUGGGCGGUGGUUAGGGCGAACCGGGUCAUCGUACGGCGUCUGGUCGAAAAAGGUGCAGAUCUGGCGGCCAAAGACGGGGAGGGACGGACACCAAGAGAGAUGGCAGUGGAGCUGAAGAGCCUUGGGGCAUGGAAGAGGGCGCUUGAAGAAGGAGGUAUGAACGAGUAUGGGAUCAAGAAGCCGAAACCAUUGAGCGAGCGGAAUACUAAAAUCGCAAUAUUUAUGAUUCCGACAAUGUUCUUAUACAUGAUCUUCAUGACCGUCACGAUAUUGCCAUGGUAUACUGGCCUCCUCUUAGCCAUGGCCGAGUUCUUUGGGAUGCAUCAUAUAGUCACGCGUGUCCUCCUCAACAACAACACGUAUACAGACAGCGUGCAACAGACGCCAUAUUUUGCUGGAAUCAUCUUCGGAUCGAUGGUAUGGGUAUUGUUCAGCUGGUUCACGAGACUUGUACAACAAACGCAGUCACACGCUUUUGCACACUUGACCUUUGCUAUAUCAUUCGGCCUGUGCACGUACAACUUCUUCCGUUCGGUCAUGCUGGAUCCGGGAACGUGUCCUAAGCCAGUCAAUGACGGAGAACUCAAAGCGAUUAUCGAAGAUCUUGCUUCUGAGGGCCAUUUAAAUGGUCAAACGUUCUGUAUACAAUGCAUGGCUCGUAAGCCACUGCGAUCAAAGCAUUGUCGGAUAUGUGACCGGUGUAUCGCCCGUAGUGACCAUCAUUGUCCAUGGGUUUGGAACUGCGUCGGCUUCAAUAACCAUCGCCAGUUUGUUGUCUUUGUGCUGAUGCUCGUUAUUGGCAUCAUCUCCUUCGAUUAUCUCGCUUAUCGAUUCUUCUCAACGAUACCACUCUCCAUGGACCCUGCUGACAUCUCUCUUUCAUGUCCUCUUACCGCAGACCUGUGCCGUAUAACAUCAUAUGACACCUUCCUCGUCGCGGUCGCCGCUUGGGCUACUCUUCAGCUCUCCUGGACCAUCGUCUUGCUCGCUUCCCAGAUCUGGCAGAUUGUCCGACAGAUGACUACUCUCGAAGUGUCCAACCUGGGCCGUUUUGGCUUCAUGGGUGGCCGAGGUGGUGCGAGCAUGAACGGGCAGAUGGGGCAUCGGCACAGCCAUCAAGGCUUGAGCACGGAGGAUACCGCGCUCGUUUCCUCACCACCAGAUCAUCAACAUCGGGCCGGAGGGUUCUUGAUGAACCUUCUCGGUUUUGACAGGUUUACGAAAGGCAAGGCGGUCAACGGGCUCGCUCGCGCGGGUAAAGCUAGUAAUCCGUUUGAUUUAGGCAUGUGGGGCAAUUGCAAGGACUUUUGGACAGCUGGGCGAGAAUUGGGAGUGGAGUAUGAUAAAUUGUACGACGUACCUGUAGAGGGAUUCCGGGAGGCCAAGAGGAGGCGAGAGAGGGAGGAUGAGCUGGACGAACCUGGGGGGAAGAGGAACAGUAGGAAGGGACUGUUCAUGGGGUUAGGGUUGGGCAUGGGGAGAGCCGGAAGUAGUAGAGGUGCGUACGAACCUGUAAGCCAGGUAUAGUACUUUGUAUAAACUUUUUAAAAUUUCUACAGAAUUAUGUACGCUGUCAUUUAAGUACCAAGCUUUCGCUUCCAAUCUGUAUCUUCACCUCGAAUAACUCUGAUUGGAUAUAUUAAUU